AUGUACAAGAGCAUCAACCCUGAUGAGGCUGUUGCUUUUGGAGCAGCUGUGCAGGCUGCUUUGUUGAGUGAUGACAUUAAGAAUGUUCCAAACUUAGUGUUGAUCGAUCUGGAAAAACGGGGCGUUACAAUCGAUGUUACUCCACUGUCUUUAGGUUGGAGGCUAGAGCAUAAUCAAAUGGGUGUAGUUAUUCCUAGGAAUACUACUAUACCUGUCAAGACGACAAAAGUUUUUUAUACAAGUGAAGAUAACCAAUCCUCUGCCUUGAUCAGUGUUUAUGAGGGGGAGAGAACUAAGGCCAGUGACAACAAUCGGCUUGGCUCUUUUACUCUCUCUGGAUUCCCUCCUGCCCUUCGCGGCCAUCCUUUUGAUGUAUGUUUUACAAUUGAUGGAAACGGUACAUUGACAGUUGCUGCCAAGGAAGUAUCCACUGGCAGUACAAAUGAGAUUAUAAUUACUAAUUACAAAGAAAGGCUAUCAACAGAAGAAAUUAAAAAGUUGAUUCAAGAAGCUGAGAACCACCGUGAUGAAGAUGAGAAAUUCCUACAAAUGGCUCAACUGAAAAAUGCAUUGGAUAGCUGCAUUUAUAAAAUCGAAACUGCUUUAAAGAAGCAGAAUGCUAACUUGAAGCUCUCCACACAAGAGAACAGGAAGAUGAAUGUUGCAAUUAGAAUGGCAAAAAAUUUGCUUGAUGAGAAUGACCUUCAUGAAGUAGAUGUUCUUGAGGAUCAUUUGGAGGAUCUUGAAAGUAUGUUUGAAGACAUUAUAGAUAAGAUUGGUUAG